CUUCAAUAUCAUCUUCAACUGGUAAACCUGAUGCAAUGAUCACAGAUUUUCCAUCGAUAUCACCCAAACAUACAGCAAUUUACAAUGAAGGUAUCAAGCGUAAGAAACUAGAAGCUUUUGAUGAUUCACAAACAAAACAUAUUAAAAUCAAUUCAAAUGCUCAAUCCAUCCUUGAGAAAAUAGUCGAAGAGCAGCUAAAACAAUGCAUAAUGAUUAAUACUCUACAAGAAAGCAAUGAUGAAUUAAAACAUAAGAUCUUUGAAAAUCGCAAGCUUUUACAAAACAUUCUUACUAUUUUAACAUUAGGAUUACUAACCAUAAUUAAUGAAUUAACGUAA